AUGGUGCUACAAAAAUUGGAGGCUCUGGAGACUCUGGAGGAUUCUUUAUUGGCGAAACUAGAAGAAUUGGAGAUCGAUCAUCGUGAGGUUAACGAGAAAGAAGAAUCGAAUUUUACAACUCAAAUUGCGGAUAUGAUAAUGAAAUAUGAGUCUCAAUUGAAAGCAGCGACCCUGAGUAUGAACUACGCACAUCGAGGUCUAAAAGUAAAAUGGCUAAGAAUGGCUGAAAAGAACGAUUGCAAUACGUUGGCUAUUUUGCAAAAUGAUCAAGAAAUCCGAAAUCCUGAUGAGAACGAGGCUAUCGUAACUAGUCUUAAAGAGUUACUGAGGAUGAUCGAUUGGAUAUCUCAAUUCAGAAUUAAAUUCCGCGAAACGAUGAAGAAAAGACACCUGAACAAAAUAAUUGCUAGGGAUUAUAGAAGAGACGAAAUGAUUGAAGAGAAUCUGGAGCAAUACAAGGGUGUUAAAGUUGAAGAACAGAAGACCGAGUUUGGUCACUCUACUACCAAGGAUAAACUCCUCAAUAAGACUAAACAUUUAAGCUCAAAAUUACUGAAAGGCAGUCAAAUUUUGCAAUCAGGCAUUUUGCAGAGUGAUUUGAAUCUAGAUGAAUUGAGGCAGCAGACACACAACUUAACAACAGUAAACGACAAAUACACGCAGUUCGAAUCUGUGUUCCUGAAAACGAACCAGCUCGUGAAAACUCUAGAAAAGGCUUCUCACCGGGAGAAAAGAGACGUUUACAUUGCAUUAGGGUUCUUAUGCCUGUCUGCGGCGUGGGUCCUGUGGCGAAGAAUUUUCAAGUUACCUAUCAAGUUGGUACUCUUUGUUCUAUUCAGAUUUUUCAAAGGAAUAUUGGCCACAAUGGGCUUUGUCUCCAAAAUCUCUUCAGCAAACAAGAAGAUCUUAGCUGUCCCUGUUCGCAUCCCGGAGACCGCUCAAUUGCCUGUUACAAAACCUUCGAUAGAUAGUAUAGAGCAUGCUGUUGAGGAAGCCAUGAACAGAAUCCUAAGUCAUGAUGAGCUCUAA